CUCUUCCUGCCUCUCUUUUCCUUGAAUUUUUAAAUUUUUUUAAUUUUUAAUUUUGAAUUUUCCUUCUAGGAACAAGAUGCCCGUGAAGUUUAACCUCUCCUAAGAGGGAAAAAACCACGGAGAAAGAAAAAAAACCUAAAAGAUCAUGGAUCCUUUGUACUUCUCCAGCACUUUUAGCACGGAAGCCUCUCCUGGCGAGGCGAACUCCUCGCUGCCGCCCAACGCGACGGAGAAUGGGACGCUCCCGGAGCCGCCCCCGUUCCAGUACAUCCACAAGGUGCUCAUUCCCAUCUGUUACCUGCUGGUGUGCGCCGUGGGGCUGAGCGGCAACGCCCUGGUCAUCUACGUGGUGCUGCGCCACGCCAAGAUGAAAACGGUCACCAACAUCUACAUCCUCAACCUGGCUGUGGCCGACGUGCUCUUCAUGCUGGGCCUGCCCUUCCUGGCCACCCAAAACGCCAUCUCCUACUGGCCCUUCGGCUCCUUCCUCUGCCGGCUGGUGAUGACCGUGGACGGCAUCAAUCAGUUCACCAGCAUCUUCUGCCUGACGGUGAUGAGCAUGGACCGGUACCUGGCCGUGGUGCACCCCAUCAAAUCCACCAAGUGGAGACGCCCCAGGGUGGCCAAGCUCAUCAGUGCCACGGUCUGGACCUUCUCCUUCCUGGUGGUGCUGCCUGUCAUCAUCUUCUCGGACGUGCAGGAGGACUUCCAGACGUGCAACAUGAACUGGCCGGAGCCGGUCAACGUCUGGUCGGCGGCGUUCAUCAUCUACACCUCGGUGCUGGGCUUCUUCGGGCCUCUGCUGGUCAUCUGCCUGUGCUACCUGCUGAUCGUGGUCAAGGUCAAGUCCUCGGGGAUCCGCGUGGGCUCCACGCGGCGCCGCCGGUCGGAGCGGAAGGUCACCAGGAUGGUGGUGAUCAUCGUGGUGGUCUUCGUGUUCUGCUGGCUGCCCUUCUACACCAUGAACAUCGUCAACCUGAUCCUCAUCCUGCCCGCUGACCCCAUCCUGGAGGGGCUCUACUUCUUCAUGGUGGUGCUGUCCUACGCCAACAGCUGCGCCAACCCCAUCCUCUACGGCUUCCUCUCCGACAACUUCAAGCAGAGCUUCCAGAAGGUUCUCUGCCUCCGGAAAGGUGAGGGAGCGGAGGAUGGAGAGCCCGUGGAGCACAGGCAGGAGAACAGCAGCCGCCUGCAGGAGUCCAUGCUGACCCAGAGGAACGCGGAUGCCAACGGGCACAUGCAGACCAGCAAGGUCUGAGGGCACGGCCUGCACUGCAGGGUGCCCCGGAGGACUCGGGGACUUCAAGGAGAGCUCAGUCAAUGUGAAAGGACGAUGUGGAGCCCCAGAAGCUCCAAGAAAUGCACACAGAGGGCUCUUCCCUGCUUUCCCCCGUUGGAAGUGCCAAUCUCUCGUGGCGUCCUGUUGGAUCCGACAUUUGGGACCGCUUUGGGUCCUCCAGGGAACGAUUUCCAGGCUUUGUACCCCUCUAGCGAUGCAAACCAAUGCUAAGCCAGCCCUAAUUCCCUCGUUAAGCUGGGUUUAAGGCUGCUUUGCACUGCUGGGAUCAGCUCCAAGCAGCAAAUAUCUCAGCUGGGAUCUUUGGGAAUUCUUCAAGGGGAUUUCUGAAAGGAAAAUGAGAUUUAUUCAGAGUUUCAUGCAAAAAAGGUGCCAGCACUGCUCUGGAAAUGGGCUCUGAUGUGCUGGAACCUUGCUGUUGCGAUGUCACUGCCGAUGGCCGCGGGCUCCUGGGGAGAUUUGGGGUCCAUUCCUUGGUUCUGAGUGUCAGGCUGGAUUUCAAACUGCGAUUCCAGAAAUUAAACCCAGCUCAAUCUCCUCCUGACUGGUGCAGUGGCCAGGGCGGUGUUUGCACCUCGAUCCUGGAGGUUUUUCCAAUUUUAAUGAUUCUGUCAUUCCAUUCAUUCUGUUGGAUGUGACGCUUGUGUUACCAAACCCAGGAAUUCCCAGGAUACACCAAGACACAAGCACAGGAUGUACCCAGAGCCUGGGGCAGGGCCCAUGAGUAAUUUACUCACAGGUUUCUCCCAGUAGCAGGCAGUGCCCACCUGCCCUACUCCACAUUUCAGCUCCCAGCCCAGCCAGGUUUAGAUGAUUAAUUAAUAAAAUUAACUUCUCUGGUUGGUUCGGUGUGAGCUGGGCUGUGAUUCCCUCAGUUUUCCACCUGAAAUUAUCCCUCUUAGGAGCUCCGGAGUGGGAAAUGCCUGGAAAGCUCAAGGCUGGGACAGGAAAAUCUGCCUUGGGAAGAAAAGGGAUUUUAAUAAAUUCAGAUUUCUGGGAAGGAGCUGAACCCUGGCUUGGUCAGAGCGAAGAGCGUUUCUCCCCUCCUUCCAUGGAAUUUGAUCAAAUCCUUGGAAUUAACCAAAGGAAGUUUUAUCCGGAGGGAACAGAACCUAAAUAAAGAGGGGGAUAAACCUGAACCUUGUUUUCCACACGGCCCAGAACAAUCCCAUCUCUUUUCCCACUCUCCCAGGUCAGGACUGGGAUCCCAAUUCCCAGAGAACAGAAAUUUCAGCCAGCCCAUCCAAUAUUCCCAUUGAUAAUGCUGCAAUCCAUCGUAUUUAAGGAGGAAAUUCAGGACAGCUCCCAAUGUUUCAAUUCCCAGGAAAAUUCCCUUUCCAACCAACAGCUCCCCGUGGAAUUCAGUGCCAUGGGAAUUCUGCUUUGGAAGAGGUCUUUUUUUCCCUGGUCCAAGGAAUUUUUUCCGGGAUCAGCUCCUGCAGAUCAUCUCUCCCAGUCCCACACAACCUUUGCUCCAUGGGAUUCCUUCCCCAUCCCCCCCAAAAAACCUUUCCUUGGACCCACUCUGUGCCUUUGGAAGCUCCUCUGGUUUUUCCCUGAAUCCCAAACGCCAUUCCUGGGCUUUUCCUGUCAGCUUGGCAGUGGAAUUUUGAGGAGCCAGCCGAGCUGCCAACGUCCCUGCACGCAUUCCAUCAAAACAUGUCAUCCUUCCACAAAGACUGACAAAUUCCCGGGAAAAAUCUGUCCUCCCAGCCAGCCCUUCCCAGGAAGCUCCAGACAGCAUCGACACUCCCCAAAUCCCCUUUUUCUUUUUUUUUUUCACACAUUCCAACCCCAAUCCCUCAGCCCCAGGGAUUGAGUGACAUUUUUAAUACCUCGACAGACAAUCCUUCCAAAUUCCAGCUUAUUCAGCUUUUCCUUUGAUUCAUCCAAGGAUUCCAAAUGUUGGCUCUUCCCUGCUGAAAAGAAACAACAAAACCACCCACGGGAAGAUCAUGGAAAAUUUGCCUCCCUGACCUUCAGGAGGUGGAAAAAUCAUUUGGAUAAAAUAAAAAAUAAAUAAAAUAAUAAAUAAAAAAAUAAACUGGAAAUUCUGGUUAAGGCUCCAGCUAUGAAUAUUCACUCAGAUCCAUGGAAUAAAGGGAAUUCCAGCUGCUGGAUGCCAAAGGAUGUGAAGGAAGGAUGUCUGGAAAAAUCCACCAAGCAACCUUUGGGAUACAGGAGCAGCUUCCUUCAUGGAUUCGCUUUUUAUUCCGUGGAAACUGGGUUUAAUUGAGGGGGGGAAAUCAUGGAUUGAGUUUGGACAAGUGGUGUUAGGAUAUGGCAAUUCCAAAGGGCAGAUUCCAGGGAUUGGGAUUAAUGGGCUUCAUGGCAGGGUCACCAUGGAAUCCCCUGGAUUUGGGAUCUCUCCUGGCUGCUCUCCAAGGGAGAGAAAACCCAGGAAUGUGCCCAAAGUGUGGAAUUUAUCCCGGGAUUUAUCAAUGGAUUGGAGUAAGAGCAGGGCAUGUAUGGAAUUUUUGCACCUUCCCUAACUCCCAGUUAAAGGCAGCUCUGUGCUCCCUGAGGUUCCAGGGAUGGGAUUAUCCCUGGGAUCCAAACAUUCCCCGUGGCACAAAGUGCUGGCCCAGCCUCCAUCCAACAGCAGCAUCCUUAAAACCUGCAAAUCCCAGUUUCCCGAGCCUUUCCCUGCUCCUUGGAACUGCAGCCAAGGCGGGAGAGGCUGAUUUCAUUCCCGGGAUUUAUUCCAUGGAUAGUUUAUCCAGCUCCAUCCCCUCGCUCACCUGGAAUGCCUCAGCUGCUCACCUCACCCCGCUCCUGGUUUUCCUGGAUCGUUCAUUCCCGCCCGUUUGGGUGUUGUUUGGAUAACUCCAUGGAAAUCUGGCGCGGUUGCCAUGGGAUGGGCGACGCUCCGGGGUUUCUGUGUUCCCUCUCCCUUUCCCGCUGCAAUCCCGUAACACUUAAUCCUCCCUAUCUGCCCAUCAUUCCCUGGAAAGUCACGGCAGGUGAAGCUGUCCCCGCUGGCUCCCUUCUCCUGAGCCUUUAAGCCCUGGAUCCCGUUCCUGACCUCAGCCGGGAGUCAUCCCAAAUCCUGGAUGUAUCCCAUUCCCUCGGCCUGGGCUGAACCUGCAGGGCUUUCUCCAACAGGAAAAGCAGCAGCCCUCGGGAAAAGCUGGGAAUGAGCAAUCCUGGACGGUGGGGAUGGGAGAUAACGGAGGAAUUCCCAUCGGGAUUUGACCCUGGAUGCAAACACAGCCCAGCCCUGGAAGUGCAGUGACCUGGGGAUCACCAGGGAAGGGUUUUCCCUUCACCUUCCAUGGAUCACCUCUCCUGGCUGGGAUUUGGGUUUGGAAUCCUCCAACUCCCAACCCUCUGGGAUGGGAGAUCCAGGACUGCAGCCCCCACUGCUCCGGAGGAUCCCUGUUUGAUAUUCCAGAGGGAGAUCUGGGGCUUUUCCUCCCUCUGCUCCAGAGGUGAAUCCCACCAUGGUUUUCCCUGGAGAAUCUGUUGGAAAAAUAAAGGAUAAAAACCUC